GAUAGAGAGAGAAAUAGGCAUCCCGCCAGAAAUACUGACUAAGGUUUAAGCGUCCUCCCCAAAUCCUGACUGUUCUUCUCUAUUACGUACAUUCACCUCCUGCGAUUCUCGCGGAGGCCAAAGAAUUUUCGAGAUUCUUUCCUGUAAAGUAACCAAUCAAAAUGAGCUUCGCAGCACACAAAACGAUGCACGCCCCGACCGGGAUAGAGAAUUGUGCAUCUGGUUUCAUCACUCACUCCGCCGCAGACUUUGUCCCUCAAAUCCCGCCAAUUCAGUCGGAUGAGUUCGAAUCCGAUUGGAAGGCGACCAAGGCCAUGGGUCCUAUUCCCAAUCUUGUCGUGUCAGCGGGAAAUGUUCUGGAAGUUUAUGUAGUAAGAGUUCAAGAGGAAGGAACCGCUGCCAACCGAGAUGCCAAAGGUCAAUUGGAAGCUAAGCGUGGGAGUGUUUUGGAUGGGAUUACUGGCGCUUCUCUUGAGCUUGUCUGCCAUUACAGAUUGCAUGGAAAUAUUUAUUCAAUAGCGGUAUUGUCCAAAGGAGGUGCUAAUGGUGGAAAAACAAGAGAUUCAAUUAUUUUAACUUUUGAAGAUGCCAAGAUAUCAGUUUUGGAGUUUGAUGAUUCAACCCAUAAACUUCGAACCAGCUCUAUGCAUUGCUUUGAGGGUCCAGAUUGGCGACAUCUGAAGAGAGGAAGAGAAUCUUUUGCAAGAGGCCCAUACGUGAAGGUUGAUCCUCAAGGAAGAUGUGGCGUGGUUCUUGUUUAUGGCCUACAAAUGAUAAUCCUGAAGGCUGCUGAGGUUGGUUCCAGCCUGGUUGGUGAAAAGAGUAUUCUCAGUGAUGGAGGUGCAUUGUCUGCUCGUAUCGAGUCAUCAUACAUAAUAAAUCUACGGGAUUUGAAUAUGAAACAUGUUAAGGACUUUAUAUUUAUCCAUGGUUAUAUCGAGCCUGUGAUGGUGGUCCUUCAUCAACAAGAGCUAACAUGGACCGGGCGUCCCUUAUCGAAGCAUCAUACUUGCAUGAUUUCUGCUCUUAGUAUAAGCACAACGCUAAAGCAGCAUCCUCUCAUAUGGUCUGCUCAAAAUCUCCCUCAUGAUGCAUACAAACUUUUGGCUGUGCCAUCACCAAUUGGUGGAGUUCUUAUUCUUUGCGCAAAUAGUGUACAUUACCAUAGUCAGACUGCUUCAUGUAUGUUGGCGUUGAACAAAUUUGCAGUUCCUGUCUCUGGAAGUCCAGAGAUGCCAAAGUCAAGUUUCAGUGUUGAGCUUGAUGCUGCAAAUGCAACUUGGUUAUCAAAUGAUGUGGCUAUUCUAUCUACAAAAGCUGGAGAGCUGUUACUUCUGACAAUUGUGUAUGACGGACGUGUUGUGCAGAGACUUGAUAUUUCAAAAUCUAAAGCUUCAGUACUCACUUCGGGGAUCACAUCCAUUGGAAAUUCACUUUUCUUUUUGGGAAGUCGAGUAGGAGACAGCAUGCUUGUGCAGUUUUCAGGUGGUUCAGGAACAUCAAUGUCACCUCAUGGUGUGAAGGAAGAGUUUUUUGAUCUUGAAGGAGAUGCCUCUGCAGCAAAGAGACUGAAAAGAUCACCUUCAGAUGCUUUACAAGAUAUGCUUGGUGUAGAAGAGCUUUCAUUAUAUGGUUCAGGUCCCAAUAAUGAACAAUUAGCUCAGAAGAUGUUCUCAUUUGUAGUGAGGGAUUCAUUGGUCAAUGUUGGCCCUAUAAAGGACUUCGCAUAUGGAUUAAGGAUCAAUGCAGAUCUAAAUGCAACUGGAAUUGCAAAACAAAGUAACUAUGAGCUGGUGUGUUGUUCUGGACAUGGAAAGAAUGGUGCUCUCUGUGUGCUUCAGCAAUCGAUACGCCCCGAUAUAAUUACUCAAGAACAAUUACCUGGUUGCAAGGGAAUUUGGACUGUCUACCACAAGAACUCCCGCAGUCACAACAUUGACCCUUCAAAGACGCUUGCUGAUGAUGAUGAAUAUCAUGCAUACUUGGUUAUUAGCCUUGAGACUCGUACUAUGGUACUAGAAUCAGCUAACAAUCUAGAGGAAGUUACUGAGGCUGUUGAUUAUUAUGUUCAGGGUCAGACCAUGGCUGUAGGGAAUCUCUUUGGAAGGCGUCGGGUUGUUCAAGUUUAUGCUCGUGGUGCUCGGAUUCUUGAUGGUGCUUGUAUGACUCAAGAAUUAAUCUUUAAAGCAACAAACUCUGAAUCUAGUUCUGGUUCCGAGGGCUUAACUGUAUUAGGUGUCUCUAUAGCUGAUCCAUAUGUGUUACUCAAAAUGUCAGAUGGAAGCAUUCAGCUUCUUGUUGGAGAUCAUUCUACUUGCACAGUAUCUGUGAAUUCCCCCGCGGUGUUUGAAAAUUCAAAGAAAUUGAUUUCUGCCUGUACUCUUUAUCAUGAUAAAGGACCUGAACCAUGGCUUAGAAAAGCAAGUAGUGAUGCAUGGCUUUCUACGGGUGUAGGAGAGGCAAUUGAUGGACCAGAUGGUAUGCCUCAAGAUCAGGGUGAUGUAUAUUGUGUCGUUUGUUAUGAAAAUGGCGACCUUGAAAUCUUUGACAUACCUAACUUCAAUUGUGUUUACACGGUGACUAAAUUUGUGUCUGGAAAGGCCUAUCUUGUAGAUUCGUUAAUCCAGGAACCAUCAAGUGAUAGUCAGAAAGAUGUUGGCAAAACUUCUGAGAAGUUGUCUGGCCAAGGUAGGAAAGAAAAUAACCCAAAUUUGGAGAUUGUUGAAUUGGCUAUGCAAAGAUGGGCUGGACAGCACACUCGACCAUUUCUAUUUGCAAUAUUAACAGAUGGAACAGUUCUUUGUUAUCAUGCUUACCUGUUUGAAGCUUCAGAAAAUGCUUCUAAGAGUGAGGUAGAUGUUUCUGCUGAGUACACUGCUAACACAAACGGCACAAAUGCUUCUAAAUUCAGGAAUUUGAGAUUUGUCCGGGUUCCCUUGGAUACAUAUGCCAAGGAGGAGCUGCCAUCUGGGAAGCCAUCUCAACGCAUAACCACCUUCAGGAAUGUUGGUGGUUACCAAGGCUUAUUUCUUUCUGGAUCAAGGCCAGCUUGGUUCUUGUUGGUCAGGGAACGUAUUCGAGUUCAUUCACAGCUAUGUGAUGGGCCAGUUUCUGCUUUUACUGUUCUUCACAAUGUUAACUGCAAUCAUGGUUUGAUACACGUUAGUGUUCAGGGAGUUUUGAAAAUAUGUCAGCUUCCAACUUUAGCUUGUUAUGACAACUUUUGGCCAGUUGAGAAAAUUCCAUUAAAGGGCACUCCACAUCAAGUGACUUAUUUUGCAGAGAAGAACUUAUAUCCAUUAAUAGUUUCAGUUCCUGUUCUUAAGCCAUUGAAUCAAGUCCUUUCAUUACUGGUUGAUCAAGAAGUUGGCCAUCAGAUUGAACAUAAUAAUAUGAAUUUUGAUGAAACUUACACAAUAGAUGAAUUUGAGGUUCGGAUUAUGGAGCCAUCAAAAUCUGGUGGUCCAUGGCAAAAUAGGGGUACUAUUUCUAUGCAAAGCUCUGAGAAUGCGCUCACUGUACGAGUGGUUACAUUAUUGAAUACCACUACAAAGGAAAACCAGACCCUUUUAGUUGUUGGAACAGCUUAUGUACAAGGAGAGGAUGUUGCUGCCCGAGGGCGUGUUCUUUUGUACUCAGUUGAAAAAAAUAAUGACAACUCUCAAGCUGUGGUUACUGAGAUUUACUCGAAAGAGUUGAAAGGUGCUAUAUCUGCUAUAGCUUCUCUUCAGGGCCAAUUGUUGAUAUCAUCUGGUCCGAAGAUUAUCUUGCAUAAGUGGACAGGACUUGAAUUGAAUGGUGUUGCCUUUUAUGAUGCAUCCCCACUUUAUGUAGUCACCCUCAACACUGUUAAAAAUUUCAUCCUCCUUGGUGACAUUCACAGAAGCAUAUAUUUCCUUAGUUGGAAGGAACAAGGGUCACAACUUACUUUAUUGGCCAAGGAUUUUGGCUCACUUGACUGUUUUGCAACUGAGUUUUUGAUCGAUGGAAGCACCCUUAGCCUUGCUGUCUCAGAUGGGCAAAAGAAUAUUCAGAUAUUCUAUUAUGCCCCAAAGAUGUCAGAGAGUUGGAAAGGACAGAAGCUUCUCUCACGGGCAGAGUUCCACGUUGGUUCCCAUGUAACCAAGUUCUUGCGGUUGCAAAUGCUCCCGACUUUGCCUGACUGGGCUAAUGCACCACCAGGCUCAGAUAAGACCAACCGAUUUGCACUAUUAUUUGGUACAUUGGAUGGAAGCCUUGGUUGUGUUGCUCCCCUUGAUGAGAUCACCUUCCGUCGUCUACAGUCUCUACAAAGAAAGCUUGUUGAUGUUGUUCCCCAAGUUGCGGGGCUCAACCCUAGGUCCUUCCGCCAGUUCCAUUCUAAGGGAAAACCACACCGGCCUGGACCUGAUAACAUAGUUGACUGUGAUCUUCUUUGCUAUUAUGAGAUGCUAACAUUGGAAGACCAGCUUGAGACAGCUAAUCAGAUUGGAACAACUCGAUCGCAAAUCAUGACUAACUUGAACGAUUUAACUCUUGGCACGAGCUUCCUAUGAGUAAUAAACACAUGAUAUUGCUUGUAACGUCAAAAUUCUGAUUAUGCUCCAAUUUGAUCUAUAAUAGUUAGGUUGUUUGUGUGUUUGCUGUUGGUUCAUAUGUAAUUUUUUUCUUCUGGGAGCUUAGGUAGCUAUUAGUGCCACAAUUUAUUGUGUAAAAUAUUGUAGCCAUUUUUCUUUUCAAUUUGUACAAGAACUAGUUCUUAUUUAAAUAGCAUCUCUGGUUUUAUUUAUUCUAUUA